CGCGUGCCUUGCGUCACAAUAGUUGGGGUGGCGACUGCGCAGUGACACGUCUCCCUCCUGCGCUCGAGCAGGCUGUGCCGGGGGUUUGGGGGAACGGGGCUAAGAGCCAAGGCGCAAGGAGGGUGGAGGAGGCGGCGGCGGCGGCGGCGAGCAGCAGAGUUGGGGGCUUGCCCCCCGUUCUCGCGGGAUCUUGUGGCGAGGUCGCUGCUGGACUGGAGGUGGCCCGAGAGCUAGAGCGAGCGCGGGGGGCCGGGCCGGGGCCGGGCCGUGAGGUGAGCUGGCGAGGCCAUGGCCGGGCAGCAGUUCCAGUACGACCACAGCGGCAACACCUUCUUCUACUUCCUCACCAGCUUCGUGGCCCUCAUUGUCAUCCCCGCCACCUACUACCUGUGGCCGCGGGACCAACACGCCGAGCAAAUUCGCUUAAAGAAUUUAAGAAAAGUGUAUGGAAGAUGCCUGUGGUAUCGAUUACGGCUGUUAAAACCCCAGCAGAAUAUUGUUCCUACCAUAAAGAAGGUAAUCCUGCUUGCUGGAUGGGCGCUGUUUUUGUUUCUUGCUUACAAAGUUUCGAAAACAGACAGAGAAUAUCAAGAAUACAAUCCAUAUGAAGUGUUAAACUUAGACCCAGGAGCAAGUGUGUCAGAAAUUAAAAAACAGUACCGUUUGUUAUCAUUGAAAUACCAUCCAGAUAAAGGAGGUGAUGGAGUUAUGUUUAUGCGGAUUGCUAAAGCUUAUGAAGCCUUAACAGAUGAAGAAUCUCGAAACAAUUGGGAACUAUAUGGCAAUCCUGAUGGACCACAAGCUACGAGUUUUGGAAUAGCAUUGCCAGCUUGGAUUGUAGAUCAGAAGAAUUCUAUUUUGGUUUUGCUGGUUUAUGGAUUAGCAUUUAUGGUUAUUCUUCCAGUGGUUGUAGGUUCCUGGUGGUAUCGAUCAAUACGUUACAGCGGAGAUCAGAUUCUCAUCAGAACAACCCAGAUUUAUACCUACUUUGUUUACAAAACAAGAAAUAUGGAUAUGAAAAGGCUCAUAAUGGUGCUAGCAGGAGCUUCUGAAUUUGACCCACAGUAUAAUAAAGAUGCAACAAGCAGACCUGCAGACAACAUUCAAAUACCACAGCUCAUUCGAGAAAUUGGGGGCAUAAAUUUAAAGAAAAAUGAACCUCCACUUACUUGCCCGUACAGCUUGAAAGCCAGGGUGCUCUUACUGGCUAAUCUUGCCAGAAUGAAAAUUCCUGAAGCGCUUGAACAAGAUCAGCAGUUUGUCUUGAAAAAGUGCCCUGCAUUGCUUCAAGAGAUGGUUAAUGUAAUCUGUCAACUGAUAAUCAUGGCACGUAGCCGUGAAGAAAGGGAGUUCCGUGCUCCCUCAUUGGGGUCCCUGGAAAACUGCAUGAAACUUUCACAGAUGACUGUCCAAGGGCUUCAGCAAUUUAAAUCUCCACUCUUGCAACUCCCACAUAUUGAAGAGGACAAUCUCAGACGGGUCUCUAAUCAUAAAAAGUAUAAAAUCAAAACAAUCCAAGACUUAGUGAGUUUAAAAGCAUCAGAUCGUCACAAUCUAUUGCACUUUCUUGAAGAUGAAAAAUAUGAAGAGGUUAUGGCUGUUCUUGGUAGUUUCCCGCAUAUCACCAUGGAUAUAAAACCCCAGGUUUUGGAUGACGAAGAUAGCAACAACAUCACAGUAGGAUCACUGGUCACAGUUUUGGUCACUCUUACAAGGCAGACAAUGACAGAAGUGUUUGAGAAGGAGCAAUCAACAUGUUCAGCUGAAGAGCAGCCUGCAGAUGAUGGGCAAGGUGAUACUAACAAAGUGAAGAACAAAGGAUGGCAACAGAAGACGAAAGGGGCAAAGAAGGCUUCAAAAUCAAAGAAGAAAAAACUUGUGAAGAAGAAACCUGCUCCUGUACCUCUGCAACAGACAAAGCAGCAGAAGCAAAAGCAACCAAAUGGAGUAGCUGGAAAUGAAAUUGUCAAGGAGGAAGAUGAUGAUGUUUCUGAUAAAGGAAGUGAAUCUGAUGAAGAUGACACAAAUAGAGACUCUUUAAGUGACAAAGAUGAUGGAAGUGAUAGAGAUUCUGACAGAGAACAAGAUGAGAAACAAAGCAAGGAUGAUGAAGCUGAGUGGCAAGAAUUACAGCAGAGCAUACAGCGAAAGGAACGUGCUCUUUUAGAAACCAAAUCAAAAAUAACACAUCCAGUUUACAGUCUCUACUUUCCUGAGGAAAAACAAGAGUGGUGGUGGCUAUAUAUAGCAGAUAGAAAGGAACAAACUCUAAUAUCUAUGCCCUAUCAUGUGUGUACACUUAAAGAUCGAGAAGAGGUGGAACUAAAGUUUCCUGCACCAGGAAAACCUGGAAACUACCAAUAUACAGUAUAUUUAAGAUCAGAUUCCUAUAUGGGCUUGGACCAGAUUAAACCAUUGAAGCUGGAAGUUCAUGAAGCUAAACCAGUGCCAGAAAAUCAUCCACAGUGGGAUACGGCAAUAGACGGUGAUGAGGACCCAGAUGAUAGUGAGGGUUUUGAAGACAGCUUUGAUGAAGAAGAAGAGGAGGAGGAGGAGGAUGACUAAAAAUGACUGUGAAUUAACUGUGUUAUAUGGGACGACUCUACAAACUUUUGACCUGGAAAAGAAUAAAACAAAACAGUGCAGAAGUACUGAAGAUGGAUUUUCUUUUUUAGUUUCUCUUUACCAAUUAUGAGUGCUUUAUGUAUCUUCCCAGUGGACGUCUGUCAAUCAGUUGGUAUAACCUGGGAGAUGUUUAUGGCUCUUUACAGCCUUUAAAUACAGGACAAUGCAUUUAUUCCAACUGAAAAUAAAAACUUUUUUAUUCUCAAUGUCCAGCAGUGUGGGCUAUGUUGUCUGAUUGACUUUUGGUUCAGUAUAUUAAAGGGUACUAUUAUUAAAUAGAAGAAAUCAUUAAAUCAACUUUUCAUAUUAGCAGGCUUGUUUUACAGGUUUGGAACCACCAGUUAAAAUUAACAUCCCUUUGAAUUCCUGUUUCAUAAAAAGAUCUUUAUCAGUGACAUUUUGAACAUUUUUGAAGCCAGGCUGUUCUAAAAGUCAGAUUAUUCAUUGCUUUAAACCUUGUUUUAUUUCUUUUGGACUUCACAAACUGGUAUUCUAGCUUUAGUUGGGGACAUUCCAUAUUGUCAUGAAGGCUGAUCCUACCUUAAAGGAGAGGAAACUUUUAGUCCCAUAUUUUCAUGCAGGUUUUAAGUAUUCUUCAAUAAUAUUAAGCAUUUUAAGCAUUUAAUGUCAGCUAGUCAUACCAGCUUAAUUUCUUAUAAUAAACUUGUAUGUAUAAAAUGAUUGUGGGACCAAUCAUAUUAUACAAAGUGGUGGCUUAAUACAGAAUACCUUUUACUAAAGGUGAGACUAUCAAAAACGAAAUUAUUGGCUUUUAAUCUACCUUACCCUCUCAGAAGUCUUUAAAGCAGACACACAAGACACAUUAAAAUGUUUUUGUAUUUAUUGAUAAUGAUUCAAAAUAAACUGGACUAAAUUUGAUAACACUUUGCUUUGUAAUAGUGCAUUUUUCCUCUACAUUGAAGUCUGAACAGGGAUAUUAGCAUGGAUAACCAGGCUUCAUUCCCAACAUAUUGGGAAUGCUUUUGGUUUCUACAUGCAUAUCUGAAAUUUUCUUUGAAGGAAUAAAAAAAAAAAAUCUACCCUCUUCACCCCAGUUUUUCUUUCCACUGGUAAAAGUAAUAACUAUCAAUGUGGUUAGAAACUAUAGAAAUGCAUCCAAGUGUCAAUCAUGUAGUAAGAUUUUUAUUACUAAAUGUUGAGGAACUACAAGACUGAAAUACUGUAAAAAAUUUUUUGUGACAAACACAUUUGUCAUACAGGUAAAUUUCCAUAUAAUGGAAGCCAUCCAAAGGCCAAAUGAGCUGCUCACUAAUUUGUGACCUUGUUUAUGAAAUAGAGGAUUGUCACUUUAAAUGCAAACUUAAUUGAUAUAUUUCUUUGUAAUUGCAAUAGUUGCAAAUAAAAUUUGAAAAA